CUCGCAUCGCUGGCGCCGCGCAGCCCGGCCGGGAGCCCGGCCCGCCCCGCCGCCGGCCGGGCAGCAACUCAUCCUCCGAGGGCUCCGUCCGCCGGCCCGCGGCAACCUACCGCCGCGGUAUAAAUAGCCGAGCGGCGGAUUAAAAAUAGGCGCGGGGCCAUAAAUAGCCGGGGCGGCCCGGGGGCGGCGGGCGAAGUUUGCCGUCGGAGCGCAGCGCGCUGGCGGUGCGCGGAGGGGGGCCGCGGCGCGGAGAGCUGCUGCUGCCGCUGCUGCCGGUUAAUUGCACAUUCAAGUGGAAAAUUUUCGGGAGUCAGCAGAAACAUUGUAUCCAAAAAAGACAAAGUCGCAGUUACAACAACACCGAGGAGAUUGUCCCUGGAAAACUUCCUUUCGGUUUUGGAAACAUUCCCUGCCUCCCCAUGGUGUAUGGUCUGGUGUCCCAGCAGCUGGGCUGCUGAUGAGCCAUCACCCAACACAAAACUCCUGUGAGGAAUUGCCUUUCAGUGAAGAAUUGCUGUCUCCAUCUCCCCAAACAAAGCCAAAGACUGUGGAAACUUCUGGUUUAUUUCCUAUAAGACUCCAAGCUUAGGCUUGGAGACCCCAGCCAUCACCAUUGAGCCCAGCAGCUGGAGCGGCAGUGAGAGUCCUGCCGAAGAUAUUGAAAGAAUGAGUGAUUCUGCAGAUAAACCUAUUGACAAUGAUGCAGAAGGUGUCUGGAGUCCUGACAUUGAACAGAGCUUUCAGGAGGCUCUAGCUAUCUAUCCACCAUGUGGGAGGAGGAAAAUCAUCUUAUCAGAUGAAGGCAAAAUGUAUGGUAGGAAUGAAUUGAUAGCCAGAUACAUCAAACUUAGAACAGGGAAGACACGGACCAGGAAGCAGGUGUCUAGUCACAUACAGGUCUUAGCAAGAAAGAAAGUUCGAGAAAUUCAAGCCGCCAUUAAGGUGUCUAGUCACAUUCAGGUUCUUGCCAGAAGGAAAUCUCGUGAUUUUCAUUCCAAGCUGAAGGAUCAGACAGCAAAGGACAAAGCACUCCAGCACAUGGCAGCAAUGUCAUCAGCUCAGAUAGUCUCAGCUACUGCUAUUCACAACAAGCUGGGCCUGCCAGGAAUUCCCCGUCCUACAUUUCCUGGGGCACCUGGGUUUUGGCCGGGCAUGAUUCAAACGGGGCAGCCUGGAUCCUCACAAGAUGUGAAGCCAUUUGUUCAGCAGGCCUAUCCCAUACAGCCAUCAGUCACAGCUCCCAUUUCAGGAUUUGAGCCUACAUCAGCUCCAGCCCCUUCGGUCCCUGCAUGGCAGGGCCGAUCAAUUGGUACGACCAAGCUCAGGCUGGUGGAGUUCUCGGCUUUCCUUGAACAGCAGAGGGAUCCUGAAUCAUACAAUAAACACCUCUUCGUACACAUUGGACACGCUAACCAUUCUUACAGUGACCCGUUGCUUGAAUCGGUGGACAUUCGUCAGAUCUAUGACAAAUUUCCUGAAAAGAAGGGCGGUCUAAAGGAACUGUUUGGGAAGGGGCCCCAAAACGCCUUCUUCCUCGUAAAAUUCUGGGCUGACUUAAACUGCAACAUUCAAGAUGAUACAGGAGCAUUUUACGGCGUCACUAGUCAGUAUGAGAGCUCAGAAAACAUGACAAUCACCUGUUCCACCAAAGUCUGCUCAUUUGGAAAGCAAGUAGUAGAAAAAGUAGAGACUGAAUAUGCAAGGUUUGAGAAUGGCCGAUUUGUGUACAGAAUAAAUCGCUCCCCGAUGUGUGAAUAUAUGAUCAACUUCAUACACAAGCUGAAGCAUUUACCAGAGAAAUACAUGAUGAACAGUGUGUUGGAAAACUUCACUAUUUUAUUGGUUGUAACAAACAGGGAUACACAAGAAACCCUGCUCUGCAUGGCUUGUGUAUUUGAAGUGUCAAACAGCGAACAUGGAGCACAGCAUCACAUCUACAGGCUUGUAAAGGACUGAGCAGUUAUUUAUAUAUACACUUCAUUUCACUUCUUUAUCAAAACACAGACUGUAAACCUCAACACUAAGUGGCAGUGCCUCUGGCCCAACUUUAACUCACAUUUUUCUAAAUCCUGUUUUAGUGAAGUCAUUUUUAAUGUGUUCAUAUAUAAUUGUAGCUGUGAAAUUCUGGUACAGUUGUAAAAAUUAUUUCUAAAACUAAGUGUUCUUCAAAUUUGUAAACCACAGUUCUUUGGGAAGACUGUAUUUAAGAACCUAAUGCCUCUGUCUGUGGAGGCCUAUUUUUAAUUCUGAUAGAAAAAUGUACGACAGAGCAUUUGCCAUGGGGAAAAACUGACAGCAUUUUUAAGAAUUUAUUUUCGUUCUUUUCCAAUAUAAAAUACUUGUUUUACAAUGCAAGUAAAAUUGAAAUGAAUCUUUAGCUGUAACUGUAAAUGAGUACACAAAGUUGAUAAUCUUUAUAGAAUUAUCUUUGUAACUAAUUAGGGUGGAAAAUAUGGACGAAUGUAAUUCACUAAAUUAUUUUUUAAAAUGAAACAUUUUUUCUGUUUGAAACCAAAUGAAAAAGAUAGCCUUAAGAAAUGCCUGAUAGAAAGAGACAGGCCCUCAAAUUAGGCAAAUUUUGUAUUUUUUUCUCAACGCUAAAACUAAUCUUCUAAUCCAUUAAACUUUCAAACAGGUAUUGCAGAGAAAGAAAACAUCAUCCCUUAUCCCUAACAUAUCUAGUGUAUUUUAAAAGAGUUUAAAGUUGUAUUGUACUAAUAUGAAAAAUUGAUUAUUUAAUGAAAAAGAUGGCUCAUUUUGCAAUAAGUAGGUAAAUACUGAAGAUUUAGACUCGCAUUAUAUGUAGUCUUAUGUGUGCAGUUCUAUUUUAUACGGACAACUAUGUUUUCUAAUGAGCAAAAAACUUGCAACUCUGAAAUUAACAGAUGAACGGAAACAACUGACAUUGCAACAGCACUGAGUAAUUUGUAAGCUGAAAGCAAAACACUAGCGUGUUUGGAAGAAGAAUACGUACACCUCUGAAAGGAUCAACAGCUUUAAUAUCUCUGAGACGCUAGAAAAUCACAACCAACAUCAGGCAAAGAAGACUGGAAAGUGGAGACUUUUUUUUUUUUUUCUCCCUUUCCUUUUUCUCAUGGUGCUCUUACACCUCUCCCAGUUGUCUCUCCAGUUCCGACUGGCGAAGACCUGAUCUGAAACAAACGCAUACGUACCACGUGGGGUCUGAUGUCCUGUUGCAUCCAGAUGUGGUAGCAUUCAUCCUUCUCAUAUAUUCAGGGAAGACUCCAGGAAGUGAAGUACAGCUGGAGAUAUUUUAAUACUGUAAGGAUUCAAACCAUGGAUGUGGGUGUGAGUGAUUGUCUAAGGUACACACAUGUGAGAGAAAUAGUCUCUUUCCUCCUGGCUGCACCGCAGAGUGUUGCUCAGUCUGCUGCUGCUGCUGCACACCCAGCACUGCCUACAGUUGCCCAAGCAGCAGUUGUUCCAGCAGGUGUUGGGCCAGCAGCAGGUUCUCACUGAAAACAUUUGUCUGGAAGGCUGAGGGCUGCCCAGCCAAGCACAAGCCACCUUAAAGAUCAGUCAUGAGGUAUUGGCAAAGAGCGUUCCUGGGAAGAUCUUCUGCAGUCCUGAAGCAAAGAAGUUACCAUUAGCAGGUCCCUCCUCUCUGCCCGUUACCCAUGUGUGCCUAUGCACAAUUGAAAUCUAGAAUUUACUCCCAAGCACAGUACUGUAGUCUUCAAAAAAGCCAGUCUUAAUUUCUGGAUAUUACAUUUCUGCAUAGUACCUGCUGUUAGACUUGCCCAUUGUUGAACUACCAGAGUAGAACCUAGUCCAGCUGAGGUGGCAGGUUGUCGACAUCCAGAUCAGAGCAGGUUCAUCCCUUAACACUGGUGGAGACUCAGGUUAGGGCAUGUUACAAAUAUCAGCGAGGGGAAGGGAGACUGCUUGAAAUCCUUAGCCUGCCUCUGAUCUAACUCUAGUAGGUGGAUGAUUGCUGUGAUGUCUAGCUGUUACCUGCUUGUGGAUAUUAGGGCUGAUGAUCUUUGGGUUUUUAUUGCAUGAACUGAACAGAGAAAUAUGUCCAUGGCAAGGUCUCUUUUAACACUCAUUUUUUUAACACUAACAAUCACAUCAGGAAAAGCCCUGCAUUGUAACAGCCUAACGGUAGCCCUUUAUUCUAAGCACUUGGUGUUACAAGUCAAAAACUAUUUUUUUGUUUUAUUUUGUUCUAGACUUGUCUUUUAUUUAGGGUUUGAAUUGUGGGUUUGGUGAUUUUUUUUAUUUUUUUUUUUUUAAUAACAAGCAAACUCUUUGAGGCAUAUAAAGUAUCUAAGUCAAAUUGCAAAACCAGGUACAGUUUUUUUCAUAGCAUCUGGCACACUACAUAUGCCAUCACUAUAGGGUAUAAAAAGUCACAAUGUUUAUUGGUGUUCACGUACGUAAUGUUAGGGAAAUUACUUCCAUCGUCUUUUCUUUAUGCUUCUGUAAAUGAUCCAUACCCUGUAUAUGUUAAUUCUUAAAAGCCUUAAUCCUUCAACUGUUCAGUGUGGGGUGUGUAGUCCAACAGGCUGCCUGUAAACUGUGAGCUCUUUUGUAAGCUGGAAGUACUUAUCUUGUUACUGUUACUUUUUUGUAGGGACCUUUUAAUUGAGAGCUGCCAAAGCAUUACAAUAUGCAGUGCCUUAGCAUUAUAUUAGAAGUACCUUUAGCCUCUUAACAUAAAUUUUAUAUAUUGUUUUAUUAAUUGGUUCCAUUUUUAAAAAUAUCUGUAUUUUUUCCCACAGAAACAGUCUUUGACUGCUUGGUCUAAACCAACCUUCUGUACUAGUCAGUCCCAUUACUGCGCAGUUAAAUGUCUAUACCAAAAGGAAAGGUUAUGGAUUCUUAGUUCUCCUUGAAAAGUGAAUUGUAUUAAUAAAUGCUGCCUUUUUAAAUUUCAUGACCAAAUAAUUAAUUGUGACUCUUCUGCACUCUAGCAUGAAAGUGCCUUUGGUUUGAAAUUCCAGCUUAGAAAAGUGCUGCCAUAAUAAUGACAAUUUGUAGAGAGACCAAAAAUAUUUCGUUAUCACCGUAAUGCCUUUGGUUUAUUGGAAUAAGUUGAAUCUACAGGCCUCCAUUCACAAAAGAGCACCAUUUAUAGCAAAGUAAUUUUGCUAAUGAUCAACCUGCUGAAGAAUAACCUACUGUUUGCCAUUUCUGACAGCACUGCAAACCAGCAACUGAUUUGUCUGUGAUAUAAAAAUGAAAACAAUUCACAUUUAUAUUCUCUUCAUCCAGUUGUGCAUCUGCAUAAUGAGAGACCUAUACACUGCAGAAUUUCAGACAGUGGACAAAAGUGACUUUAUUGUUCUCCUUUAAUAAUAUUUCAGUAUCUGUGAAGAUUUAUUUUUUUUGUUUAGACAGAAUAUUUUGUUUACAAAGUUGGCCUUGCUGAAAGUCAGGUGCAUAAAACAAGAUGAAAAUGGAGAAAAGACACUAGCUAGGGUAAAUGCAAUUGUGUGUUUUUAAGCAUUGAAAUGUUGAGUGUGAGCAUUGUGGAUGAAGGUGCUGUUAGAGGAACUCUGGCCAGCACAAUUCAAAACACAGGGUUGUUCUGUUUUGUUUUUCUCCCAGAUGAUGUCUUGGAAAAAAAAAAGAAGAAGAAAAAAAGAAAAAAAAAAAAAAAGACAAAUUAGCUCCUCUUAAAAACAUGUCUGUAUUUGAUACCUUCUGUGAAAGGGGGCCAUACUGUACACUGCAACUAAAGCUGAUGGGAAGAGGAGCAAGAUUUUAAGAAAACAAUGUUAGAAAGAAUAUCAGCAAAACCAAAAGCUGUCAGAGGGAUUAUAUAGUUGUGAAUACAAUUUUAACUUGAUUUUUAAAGUAUUUGAUGAAAACUAAGAUUAACUUUUUAUAUAGAGAAAUAUUGUGACACUAUGUGGUAAAUAUUGUGAUAAUUCAAGUUCCCUGUCUCUAAAAUAUUAUUUUUGUUAUUCCUUCAAGGUCUAAAUCUCACUUACCUCUAUAAGACAAGUAAUCCUAUUGAACUCAAUGAGACUGAGGUAGGGCAAAGACACUUUUGCCCCACAAGUAGAACAUAUAUUUUCAUUUAUUACCAAAUGUUUCAGCUGUGCUAGUGAGUAUUUGUGAAAAACUACACUUCUGUCUCAUUAAAAUAUUAAAAUAAGCAUUAUGGUACCAUUUGGGGCUGUUAAAAAUUACUACUAACAAAUGUAGUUUUACUUGAAUCCCAAAAGGAUUUUAUUUAGGUACUGCACCACUAUUUUGAAGGAAUUGCAGAUAUAAUGCCUGUUUCUCAUUUUCCCUUUCUACCCACAGCUACAGCUCAUUACAUUUGGCAGUAGCUGCUUCUGUUAAAACCUCCAGGGUUUAGGCAAUUUGAAAUAAUGAAGGGUGUACAUUGAUGUUGAAUGUAAGUAACUGGCCAGUUCCAGGCAGAUACAACAUUUGACAUACUAAUCCAUAUCUAUUUAUUUUUCCACUGCAAAUCCUAGGGCAUACUUGCUUUCUGAAGCAGUUCCCCUUGUACUUUUCCUGGGUCACUCAGUCAGUCAGACUGAGAAACCUUCUGUCUGCCCUUUUCUGGACACAUACCCGGUCGCACAGCAGAUGUGUGGAAUAGAGUCUGGUUUUGUGCUUUUCUCAGGAUGAUCUCUUUUCCCCCUCUUCUCUCUCAUAACGAGAUGUUUAGUGUCCCCCCCUAAAAAAACAAAAACAAAAAACAUUGAGGCUGGACAAGUCAAAGUACAAGAAACACUUUGGAUAUCUUCAUCUUUUAACUUUUCAGGUCAUUCUUGCUGAGAUCAUGUAAUUAGUUUUAGUGUGUAAAUUAAAUCUUAAAUGCACUCAGUUGACUAAAAGGAGAUGGAUCCCUGUUACCUCCUUACAGAAUAUGUGUUUUUGUUCUUGUUUUGUUUUAUGGGCCUCUGAUUCAGGCUCAUGACUGCAGACAAAAAAUACAAUAUGUGCCUGAAAAAAAAAAAAAAAAAAAAAAAAGACAAAAGAAUUUUAUAACAUUGAAAACCUGAAUAGCCUUUAAUUCUUCAGUACAUUUUAUGUAAAACAGGUUGGGUUCUUGUUUUGUUUUGGGGUUUUUUUGCCAUGUGCAUUUGUUCACAUUUGUAAAUGACUUAAUGGAAUUCUCACUUUAUGUUUAUUUGUGUAAUGUGUAUAAAAUGGGUUUGUGACUUAAGCAUAUUCAUAUAUGGUCAGUGGUUACUUUAAUAUUGUACUGCUGCUGGUAACUUUUGAUGUAGAACUUGCCUUUUGAUGAUAAAGUACCUCUAGGUUAGACAGGGAGGGAAGGCUCUUUGAAAAAAGUGAAUGUUCUCCAAUGUUUUCUUAACAUAUUUGCAGAAGCUUUCAAAAGGAGUUUCAGUCAAACCUCUUGGCAGUACAGUAUUCUUGUAUUUGUUAAUGUCUGUGUGUAGGUACUGGUACCUUUUUUUGUUUAAAAUGUUUUUAAGUGUUGGCUUUAAAGUGACUUUAUCUUUAGUAUGAUAGUAAUAUGAAAAUUAUAGGUUUUGUGUGCAGAGAAUUUUUUUAUAAAGUGCUUUGUAAAAAAAAAAAAAUGUAUUCUAGCUUUCGCGGUACAUAUGUGUGAUAACUUUAAUAUCCAUGACAGUUAAGUGCAAUUAUUUCAUCACUCUAAAAAUGCUAUUUUUGUGUCGGUUACUGCAGGUGUUUUCAUGUCUUUGCAAAGUGACACAUUUUGAUGCCUUCUUGAUAAAGUGGUAGAAUUUUUGUAGCUUUCUAGAAACUUUGUAUUCAUACAGUAUCGAUUGAAAAUAAAGAAAAUGAAAGUGUUUUGUGCAUUUA